AUGACGACCCCUGUAAUCGACACACGCAAGGUCCUGAUGCUCACAAACAUUGAGCACGGUCAAUCUAAUGUCUUUCUCGCAGCUGCACAGGCUAUCCUUGAAGCCGAUCCCAGCGUUGAGGUGCAUUUCGCCACGUUUCGUGGUCUUGAAGGGUCCGUCGCCGAGGUCUCAGAGUAUGCCCGAGGAUCUACACCUGGCGUGAGACCCAUCGUGUAUCAUGAAAUUCAGGGCCUCUCGUACCGUCAAGGGCUUCAAAACUACACGGAGCGGCACAACAUUCCAGCCCGGCCGGGAUACUUUGCUGAUUCUGUCUCCACCCCCCUCAGUUUCUCCGCGACUAAACAGGCCAUCAGGGACUUUCUGCCCGCUUUCAUACCCUACACUGGCGAGGAGCUGGGGGAGAUUGUCGCCUCAAUUAUCGGCAUUAUUAAAGAUGUGAAUGCGGAUCUUGUGGUGCUGGAUCCGUUAAUGACGGCUGGGUUGACGACUGUUUGGCAUUUGCAAGUCAAGUACAUGGUUCUGAGUCCCAACACCAUCAAAGACUUUGCGGCGGCUGGGCAGCCACGUGGUGAGAAGUUCUGGAAGUAUCCUGCACUUUUCACUGGAUAUUCUUACCCCGUGCCGUGGCACCUCAUCCCUCUCAAUGUCUACUUUCUCUUCUACAUGGCCUAUCUCUGGAUCACAUCCCGUCACAGAAAAGAGACAACUACUCACCUAAAAGACAAACUCGGCAUCGAUCUGAAAACAGCGAUUGAUCUUCAGCGCAGUACACCUGAAAGCCCCAAGAUCGCCGUCGGUUUCCUACCGGAACUCGAUUUUGAGGGGAUACUGCCUAAUAAUAUCCUCCCAUGUGGACCCAUUCUUCGAAGCGCAUUGCCCAUUGAAGAAUCAGACCCCGAGCUAGGAAAAUGGCUGGCCAAGGGGCCGACGGUUUAUAUCAACCUCGGUUCUAUGUGCCAGAUUGAUGAGCAACAGAUGAUUGAGAUGGCAUCUGCCAUCAAGGCCACCAUUGACAGGUUUCAGACAUCAUGCAAACGCCCCCUUCAAGUGCUAUGGAAGUUGAAAACCCACAAGGGCAUCAAUACCCAGAACGCCAAGAUUGUAGAUAUUCUUGGCAAGGAUAUCGUCGCGGAUCAAGUCAGAAUUGUUGACUGGGUCGUUUCCGAGCCCAUUGCCAUUCUGCGGACAGGACAUGUCAUAUGCUCAGUCCACCACGGUGGCGCUAAUUCAUUCAACGAAGCCGUCCGCGUUGAGAUGCUCGGCGUGGGACGGCUUGGGAGCAAGAACACAAAGCCCAGGUGGACAGCUAAGGGCCUUGGCCAGUCGUUGAUUGAUGUCAUCAUGGGGAAAGAUUAUGAAGCUAUGAAGAAGAGGGCAGAGGAUUUGGCGAGGUUGUGCAAGGAUGCUGGGGAAGGCAGAGAAGUUGCAGCCAAGUUCAUCUUAGAGGAGAUGGCGGCCGAGGAUGACCUGCCGGUGUCUGUUUGA